ACACAGCAGAGUUCCGUUCGUUCACGCCCUAUCUCGUGAUAUCCAUUUACCAACGAAAUAAUUCCGAAAAUUCGCGGUCGAAACGUGAGAAAGCACACGUAAAAACAGGUCCCAACGAAAGAACAUCUCGGGUGAUCGACGAUCUAAUUAUUUUCAGUCUUUCCUCGUUUGUUUCCCUCUUCUCGCGGUAGUGGCCAACCCCCGGCGCAAAUCGUUCCUUUUGUAGCGGCUGCGCGUUAUCUAAAUCGCGUCGAAUAUUUCCACGGUAGCACGCUUAGAGAUCCGGUCCGCCCCCGGGCCAGUGUUCCCCGUUAAAAAGCAACUCGCGUAUCAAUUUCACGGGACAACGCGGUGCAUCGCGGGUAAUCCGGCGUGCUGGAUCGUCUUUUUGUUCCUGGCCGCUUAAUAUUGCUUGUCCUGCCGUAAUCUCCACCCCCGACACCCUGUUUCACCCCGACCGCCACCCACCGCGUUUCGCUCCACUACGCCAGCCACCCCCUUCGUCACAGUAGCGUAGACCACGAGAUUUUCUUGAACCGCCGUUUCCGUCGUUGCUCCGCACGGUGAAAGAACGACGAUCUCUUAACCCAGCCCAUAUAUUUCAGCAGUCGAGUUUUCCGUUUUCGGUGAUCGAUAUUUAACUACCACUCUGCUAUUUCUCUAUGAACUUUGGACAGAAAAUCUACAGCGAAAGUGGCGCUUUGUUCGUCCCUUUGUAAUAUUUUGCACGAUCUAUUCUGUUCCACGGAAAAUUUCCGACGAGUAAAUUUCACGGGAAAGAGGGAAGAACGAGGGGGUGAGAAAGUUCUGUCCCCGAUCAGUCGCGCCAAUGGCGGUCUUUUCGGUGUUUCGCCAUUGCGAAACGCCGUACUCCUGUGGUACUUAACGUAAGUACGUCGGAGUUCGCCGGAGAAAAUAAAGAAACCUCUCGAGUUUUCGCCUCGCCCGACCUUUUUCCUGCUGCCCGGCUACUAUCCUCUCAGUUUGCCCUCUCCCUCUUUCGCUCUGUCUCUCUGCACCGGGACAAUGUUAUUUUACGGCACGAUGAGUUUGAGCCUCUUUCAUCCGGCGACACGGUGCUCGCGCCGCGAUUCCGACGGUAAUGGUUGCCGUUGUCGACGACGCUGCUCUGCUGGUUUCUACCCAGCCGCCACACCCUCGCGACUCGCCCUCUGCGCACCGUUUAAUCUGAUCAACUGCGGAUUAUAUCGGACAGCACCCUGACGAGCAGCAGGAAAAAAUCGACGGCUGCGACGAUGUUUCUUUCGCUCUUGCAGUCUUUACUGAUUUCACGAUGGAAGAGAUUGGCGUGCUUGUUGCACGCUCUCUUCGACGUGUACGUCGUCAUUUGCACAGAACUUUUCAAUUUUCACGAAAAAGAAGUUGGAAACAUGGAUACGAGAGCACACGAUACGUCGUGAAAACAGGGAAAUUUCGUUGAAGAUAGAACGAGAUGGACGAGCGUCGCAACUAUCGAGGUAGCUAGAUGUGAAACACACAUUCGGUCGGUGAAAUUGCAGAAGGAUAGAGAAGUCUUGCUUUUUUAUUAGAUCAAACCGAGUGUGACCAAGCUGUACGUUUGACUUGACUCGGUCACUCGGCUCCUGUCCGAGCGAAUAAACGUCUCCGUGCCUUAUACCGAGCCUCCCCCUUUUCCCAGUCGCCAUCCCCGGGGCACUUUUUUAUGUCAUCGAGAGACCCUGCUGUCCCGACAGCAUUUUAUCGGGCAACGUGCUCGUCCGGGUUCUCAAUUUCACUUCUCGCCCUCGUACGUCUUCGAAUUCCACGGCGAAUAAAUACAUUUCUUACCGUGAAAUCGUCGAAAGAAUCUGUCAUGUAGAGUUUUUAUGUACGGAAUUAAAGUAAAUCUAAAAUAUAAAGAAACGAAUUAUUACAGAAUUGAUCUAUAGACUAGAAUGGAACUAUGUUAAGAUGAAAAUAUAAGAACAAGGUUUCAAACGAGUCUGAUCGACGAUCCAAAGCGUUCAAUAAAGAACACCGGUUCGAACAGGGUCCGUAAUAGCCGUUCCAUAUAUCGUCUCGGCACCUUUUCUCCGUCACUUAUUGCAACGGCGAUGGCGUCGACGUAACUCGAUUUUGCUUUCCAUCUGAGACGUUGAAGGUCCCUGUGGCCCGUUCCUCAAUAAGGCGAUUCUCUGACCCAAAUUGACUCCUAUUGCCGCUGGAAGAAUGAGUUUCGAGACGAUAUUUCGCUCGUUGCUCGUCAUAAAGGGACAUUUCCUUUGAAAAGAUCUUUUUUCUUACGACGAAGCUAACAAUAAGAAGCGGAUUUCUGUCCGAUUCUACUUUGUCUUUCACCACCGGGAGAGAUUAUUUUUGAGUGAACAUCCACGUGCACAGAGUCAGGGAUCCUGGCUAAUCGUUAAUAUUCCCUCGAAGGGAGUGCAAGUGUUCGACGAGCAGGCGUCGAUCCAGAUUCGGGAUUCUUAUCUGUCCACAAAGCUUAAUCCCUCCGAUGCGAAGGCGGUGGUGCGCUAAAAAGUAUUUUACGAGCUGCUUAUACGUUUCAGCGGUCACCCUGACACCGAAUCCAAUUUUCUAGAUACGAUCUUUAGUAGGGAUCAGGUGUUGGAAGUUCUCGGGAUCCCAGUGUGGUGUGUUCGCCAUUUGCAGCGCCACGCAGGAAGCAUAAUAAUUCUCUUGCAUUCCGCGUGGUCCGUUCCCAGAGGCUACCACGUCCAAACUAUUCCAUAUUUUUCCUGUCUUUUCUUUCUUCUCUUACCGUCGAAUACAACUCGCGAAUCUUCGAGGAAAUCGAGUAGCGAGUUUCUGUUCGGCGGUGUAUCGCCAUAUUUGAAUAUUUCUAGCAGCAGUCAGGAGAGUCGAGCCAGAUAAAAUGCUUUACGACGCCGAGGAAUUAACCCUUGAUUUCCGGGCAUUACUCUCACCGCGGAGUCUGCCGAGAUAAAGGGGUGGCUCCUUCCUUACUAUCUCCGCGACAUAAUGGCCGACGAAGGAGGGCACCGUUCAUGGCGAAAGAUAUAAUAGAGCCUCACCGUGGCUCUUCCACGGCCUCGUACACUCGCGAUUUAUGGUUUCUUUUAUUUAGGGGAAUAAUGGGUAAGGUUACCAGUCUUCGCUCGAACUUGGAGAUGCUAGACGAGGCGAGUCAUGAUCGUAUUCCUUGUUUUAAUAUAAGAAAGAAACCAGAUUUCGUUUUUCGAAUACGUGUCAUAGUUUCUUCGAGCAGAGCUUUUUUAGAACAGAGUAAAUAGCUUUUCACAUUCUAUCGACGUACCAGAGGAAUCUCAGAGAAUGGAGCAAGCGUUGCAUCGGUAGUACCGCGUAUCUUUGAUGACGCAUAGACGAUGCACUCUCGCGACACCUUGCGUUUCUCAGCGCGGAGGAGACGGAAGAAGAGUAUCCGGGUGGGUGUCAGGUCCGCCGCUUCUGUAUCAAUAUUCAUCAGCGUCCUAUGUUCGGUUGGCUCAAAUUCGUAGGAUUAGCCGGAAACUUCGCAUCGCUCCCUCCGCUUCUAUGCAAGCGUCGCACCGUUGCACGAGAGAGUCGACCUAACGAAGAAGGACGAAGACGGUCAAAGGGUUUAGAGUGAGAGAGAGAGAGAGAGAGAGAGAGAGAGAGAGAGAGAAAGCUAGGACGGUGGGAAGAGGGAGAGAUCGUGGCAGUCGCCGUGACGCUCCACCGCGGGAUUCUAAUCCGGGUAGGCGGGCGUGUGUGACGUCAUAUUGCAUAACAAUUAAUCAACGGGCGAUAACAGCUAGCCGGGUCGACGGAGUGGGAAGCCCUGAUAAUCAUUUCACCGGGCAGCUUAAAGUGCCACUAGUUAACGCUAAGCCGAUUUAAAAGCGAUUUAAUAUCCGGAAUAAUAUACCUAGGUUUCCCUCUCUCUUUCUCUCUCACCAGUUCUAUCGCGGACACGCGGCUUUGCUAACACGACAAAAGGGAUCGCGCGCGAAUAGAUCCCCGUUUCAGUGUUCUUAAGAGGUGUUUCUUCGCUUCUCGCGAGGCACGUUCAGCUUUUGAAAUGUAGAAAGAUUCUUCCUCGCGUUGGCCGAGUAGAGCAACGUCGAUGGCCGCAAGCCAAACACAUUUCUCCUUUUGCGCUUUUUGUCUUGCUCCUCCUUCCUUUUUGGAUAGAAGCUACGUUUAAUAACAGCACGGAUUACGACCAAGCGACAGACGCAGGAUUUCUCAUGGAAAUUUAGGGACAGGUCCUUUGAUAAGGUCCUCCGUAUUUUGUAUGCAUGCAUCUUAACGCGCUUCUUUCGACACUAUAUCGCCAAUAAGUAUUGGCACCAGCCACAUGCUAAUGUAUAAUGCCGAUCAAACAACUGUUUAAACAGCACCGAGUUAAGUGCGUCCCAUUCUUUCGCGAGCAUCCCUUCGCCCCGUCGCCAGUCUUCCAUCGUUGACCGACGGGGUUGUUUUUGUCCCCGAGAACCAGUAGCUAUGUCACCCGUGAUUCUCGUCACUUUUGAAUCUACCGAACUCCAUCUUCUUUUCUUACCAGAGGAAGAAAUCGCGACAAGAUAACGAUAUCUCCGCUUGUGAUUCCAGUCAUCUCUGCUAUGCAAAGCUAGUUUCUUGUGCCAUUCUUCUACCAUUAUUUGCUUUUUGUCGUAUUUUGCUUUAAGUCGUAGAACGGACGUUUUUAUUUUAUUCUUUGGCUUUCGUUUGAUAUUCGAGUAAAAUUUCUUCUCGAUAUAAUCUGGUUAUCUGAGAGAUGCCGACGGCCAAUAGUUUCGCCGCGACGAGGUCGCAUAUAUCCCAUUUUCGUAGGCCGUUGAUUGAGGACAGAUGCACGAGCAGGGGAAGUGCACUGUGCAGUAUGGAUGAGGGUACAGUCGAUCACAAUGACCCCCUGAAAGUACAAUGGCGCACUAGCUCUCUUCGACGGGACCAAUGCCGACCCGAAAAUCACUCGGCUAUGACAAAGAGCUGUGUUCGCGCUGCCGCAAAUAUGUUGUAAAUACAGGAAUACACUGAGAGUGUCUCAUCGGGGCCAGACAACCCUGUUCGACUCUGUUCGAGCAUCAGAUAGCGCCUUGACGUCAUUACCAGAGAGAAACAUCCAAAGCUCUGUUGCCUUGGCCAAGAUUGGGAAAAUAUGUCGUUAACGAAACCUUCAUAAAUGCAAAUUCAACGUCUUAAUUCAUCCUGUUGAAAUUAAAGAGGAGCCAUUUUCUAGGUAGAUCUUAGAUUUCAACUCUACUUGUUUUUUAUGAUUGUCGAGAUAGAAAAUCAGGCAACGUUUAAUAAAAAGCGAAUGUAUGAAAAAACAAGUGAUGCGAUCGAUCUGCGUUCACGAAUGCGGCGCGGUUCGUUUCCAUAAAAUCUGUUGCUCGCGUUGCUGGGCGAAAUCCUAAUUAAACGGCAGAUUCGAAUUCGCCGGUGGUCCACGUACAAGCUUAAUCCCGGGAAAGCGCCGAUAAUAUCGAUCGAUGCGGCGAGUUAAUUAAAUUAAAAUACUCGUAUAAUAGCGUGCCAGAUGGCACGGCCAGAACAUACAACCUGGUAUUGAGUACCGGCUCACCCCUCGGCAACCCCCCGUCGUAAUACGUAACUCGUUUAGUCUUGCAGGUUGACGAAAAGAGUAAGGAGGGCGGAACUGCCGCGGGAUUUCGCUUGGCCAAAGCAUUUAACGCACCCCCGUGAUCGCUUUUUGCUGAUCUUUGAUCAAAAAAUCGCGGACGUUUCACUUUUGCCAUUGGAAUCUCGGUUUCAGAGAAACAGUACGAUACUUUGCUGAAUGGUUUUUUAUAAGAACAUGCGCAUAGUGAUGAUAAUGAUAAAAAAUGGAAUUCUAAUUGUUAUAAUCAUAACAUUUAGAUUCUGGUCUCUUAUAUUUUUUGAAUGGGAAAAGGAUAAAAAGAUAAGUAGUUGCGGCUCGUAGAUCCGUGAUGAUACUGACGGUCCUGAUUACCUAUUUACCAAUGACAAUCGAAUGGUUAUUUAGUUUCAUGGGGUGAGAAUCGAACCGCAGUUUAGCAUUACGGAGGCCGAAGGCAGGUCGUUAGCGGCGUUGUCGCAACAUAUGCGCUCGGCAGGCUCCAUAUGGGCCACCAUGGACCCAAAUAGGCAGCCCCCGGAGCCAAAGUACCGUACCCCAUCAAAAGGGAUCGAUACCGUUUCGCUCUUUAAUCGGUCAGAUUUUGCGGCUUUCCACAGUGUUUUUCAAAGAUUUUUAUAAUUAACUACGAGGGUUAAACAUUCUCCGUAAAAAGUUUACGACUCAUGUUCAUUAGCUUCAUACGAAGAAAAUUAGAUUAUCGUGAAAACUAUACAAACGCUUUGUAAAUAUUUCAAACUGCAAGGAUUCAAAAAACCGCAAGAAAGAAAAGUACCUUUCUCAAACAUCUUACGGAGGAUGAUGCAGAAAAGCGCGUGGAAUGCUAAGAAAGGCUGAGAAUAAAGAUAAUUCGGGUGGUCCAUGGUUUCCAUCGAUUCCCAUAAGCAUUGCGGUCGUCGGAGAUUUUAAAUGCAACCAUAUGAUGAGGGCGGCUAAAAACAUGGUAUUUUCUCUAACCAUCGCGCAACCGGAGACGAGGGCCACGGAUGAGUUUGUGCGGCAAGUGCACGCAUGGUGCGUACACCAUGAAGCAGAAGAGACCCCCACGGAGAGUGUACGGGCAGUGAGCAGGUUGACUAGCUUUGUUCGUGCUCGAUGAUGACGAUGGGGUCGGUCUCCGCACAGAUGGGCCGCUAAUCUCAUUGAAAACUCAUGAGGACUCUCAGAGUGGGGGAUGGACCAACGGGGGGAGGUGAGCCAAGGGCUGAACCCUGCCCUAGAAGUCUCUGUAAAGUCUUUGCAUGGGGGCCAAGCACCGUGCCAACCACCAUAUGUCCUACGUAUGUAUAUGCGUGCACGUCUAAACGCAUGAUGCAUGCUUACGAGAAUAUGUCGCGUGCUUUCUUUCUCCGCUCACCAGGAUUGUGCUAUGUACACGAUUAUACGAUAUACUAAUCGUUGCGACCUUAAAAUUUUUCUAUCGGAAGAUCUUCGCUUAUGUAUACCAUAUACAUUUCUUAAAAUUGAUGCCCAUCUUCAAUCGAGAUCAUUCUUCUCCGAGCCAUUCGAUUACCUUGCUAAGCUGGGUUUAUAUACAUAUUUAAGGUCGUGACCAACGUUAAGAUCAGCGGAGCAUAACUCCGUGCCGGCUGGCCCUCUCAUGCAUAUUCCUCCGGUUUAACAAACACUCCGUAGAGACGUGGGCAAGAGAAAGAGAGAAGGGUCGAGGCGGAAAUACAGAAAUAGUAAGAGUAAAGAGCGAAAGGGGUAUAGAGAGAGAUAGACAGACCCGGCACGCACUCCUCGGGCAUACGGGGUUGCUUUACGAGCGGACAACUAAGGUAUGCUCCCGGUUUCAUCCCCUGCUCCUCCGGUAUAAUCGUGCUUUUCGUAACGUGGCCGGCGCUGCAACGGGCCAGAGGUUUUAUACCUUGGUUUCUCUGUCGGAGUCAGUGCAUCCACCGUGACCGAGUCCGUCGCACUUGCUGCCCUUACGGAAUACGCUGCGCGUAAACUUUCGGAACCGUAGUCAGAUAUCCAAUACCUGGUGCUCCUCCUUCGUAUUUUUUUACGAUAAAGAAUAUUCUUCUUAUGCUUUCUUAUAAAAUAAGAUUUUUAUAUCUGAAGGAAGAUGCGUGGUAAUAUUUAACGACACGUGACGUAAUGAAAACGUCAUAUUUUUUAGUUAAUUCAUGAACUUUGCAUUUUGUAAAACCUGUUGCUUUAAACGUCCGAAGCAUUCAUGGCAGAUUUAAGAAUCAGUCUCGACAUUUGUACCGCAUUCAUUUCCGUGGAGACGCAGUUGAAUGAUCAGGUAGGAAAACAUUGGACAGAGGGUUGAUCUCCGAGGAUCUGACGUGAUUGCUUCUGACAGCGCAGUUAGGGGCGAUGAACGGACGAUUGGUGGAUCGAAAGAUAGCGAAACUGAAUACCCUGCACAUAUGCUUCGUUCUAGCUGUAACUAUGAAAUAUGUUGUUCGGUAUCUAAUCGUAUCUAUCGCUACACCUUUAAUCGACGUUUUAAUUAGCCGUUUUCCAUCCACUGAAUCUCGAAUGAGGGGACAAAGGAUCCGAUUUAAAGCAAAAAGCCGAAAACCAUCUUAUCGUGGUCGAAUUCCUCGAAGUCUCUGUUAAUUUUUUCUGAGAUACCCAGGUGUUUGCUACAUUUUCGCGGAUCUGGCACGUCGAGGCAGCUCGGGAAUCAGGACUCGGACAAAUUACACGCGGGACAGACUUAAUCUAGGUUCGUUUCUCCUGGGAACGCCGAAAGAGAAUCAAAGUCACAUCUGUGACGUUCAGAACGACGCCACGGUCGUCCUGGGUCUUCUCGCUGCAAGAUUGAUGACGCCUCCCGCGCUUUCUCACCGUUUCCAGUAUUCUCUUUUGCGGGCAUAGCCGCCGCGAGACAGCAGGAGAAAGGAAGAUGCGAUUUCUCCGUUGCAAAUGAGACGUCUCCGAGCGGGAAGCUCGUCUCCGUGUCAACUGAGCCCACUGACAAAUGUUCCGUGACAUUGCACUCGAAACAAUCUUUGUCACACUCACCUGUCGUAAGAUAAUUAAAUAUUUCAGUCUUGGGAAUCGAGACAGCGAGAUCCGACAAUGAAAAAUAAUGUAGCAAGGCGAGAGAAAUACUCGUGGAAGUGCGAGAGUGAUUUUUUCAAAGAAAAAAAUGUUUAGGUGACGUAGAACUUAACAAUACGUGAUAUUUAAAUAGUAGGUAUUAAUAGUAGGUAAAUGGAGGUAGAAAUUUAAAAUAUAAGUUUAUCGUUAUUAACUAGCAGAUAAUCUAUAGAUAUCUGUAUGUCGAUCUUUGAUAUUUUAGAAUAUUUUCGUCCCAUUAUUCUUGCCUUUAACUACAUCCCAAACGAUCCUUUCCCUCGUAGGAAUUUCCUCGAAAGCUACAAAAUCUUCGUUCAUUUAAAAAUUCGACUUUCACUCUCCGUUCUACAGCCAACGUUACCGAUAUCGUCUCAGUUGCCGGUUUAGGAAGCGGAUUCUCUUCAGAGGGAAGACUCGAGGGUCUGCGGCAGGGUAGCGCAGGGUCUACGCAUCGUCCAUCAUUCGCUGAAACGACGAAACGCUCGGUAGGUUCGGGUUUUCAGAGAGCGGAGCAGAUCUGCAUAGCGAGUCGGCAUCUCGGGACGAGCGAGCUAAGUGCGGGAUUAUGCAAAGCAGCGGCCAUACAGUAUAAAAAUACGGAGCGACUCCGCGCCAUCUUUUCCGGACCAUUCUAAUAACUCCCUUCUAUCCAGCUUCCUCCAGGCCUCUAGCUACCUUCCUCGACCUCCAACCCUCCUCGUUCCCUGGCGCUGCUCGGCCUGCGUCGACGACCAUGGGGGAAUCACGAACCCGUGCACGCGGAACGGACACCCCUCUUCCAAGAUUUCGGCAAAUAUAAUCGUAAAGCCGUCGACAAGACCGUCGCGACGCCUGUGCAUUGCAUCUACGCGAUCUUCGGUGUUCUAUAAGGCAUUCUUUGUUGUUUCGUGGCUCUUCUUUUGUCUAUUUUUCUUAAUAGAAGUAUACAAAAUGAAGAUCAUUCUUCGAGAUACGUUGGAUUACACGGAACUGCUUCCACACGAUUAUUCAUUGUGAUUAAAUCGGCGUUAAGGGGUGCGCUCUUAAGAGCGCAUCGCGUUCGCGCGUCGAUGCCAGUCACGCCGAUGAUUAAUGACCCAUGAAUAUUUACGCGUGCCAUUAAUUUGUAUCGUUUGAUUGGUUGCUUCCUGCACACGCCAGACCAUAAUUCGUAUACAUCGGAUCGUCGGGAUUUACAAGCUCUCGAUAUCUUUCGAUUUUAAAUCACCGUUAUCAGAAACCUUCUACAUAGAAUUCCUACAUCUGAUCGGGUCAAUCCUGAAAUCCGAGGGUCGCGUACGUUUCGUGGCGCCUCGCCACUUAAAUUCUGAAACUUCUCGCCUAGGCGACUCACGUUUUCCGCGAGCGAGGCGCGAGAUAGCGGCGUCCGAUAACGCCCGGUUGGAAGUCGCAUUAAUUUCUCUCGGUCGACUCCCCCUCUGUGUGCCAGUGGUAGAAACGCGACAGGGGGAUGGUACGGUUCUAUCGAGGGUUGUGGGGGCUUGGCGUGUAGGUAACGGCACGCAGAAACGCUUCCUCGCCGGGCGUUUAGGUAAGGUAUUCACGUAACACAUAAGCAACCGCCACGCGCAGCCCACCGUGUGCACAGAGAUAAGAGGCGAAGGUGGCAUCUUAGGUGGCACUUCGAAUAGAAUUAAAUUCCCCGAGCAACUGCGGAGCAAGUCGAUAUCGUCUCCGGAUGAUAUCAACAAGAGCGAUAGAGAAGAAGGGAGGACAAACUUCUCUCCGCCAUCCUGUAAACGCGCAAAGUGAAUUCGAAUUUCGUCGGAGACGUUCGGUUGUUGCGGUAGAUUUCGAAGCUACGGAUCAAUGUCGUUGCAGUUUUGAUGUUAGCCAAAAGAUGCUGCGGGUGGGCUUUGAUCGAUGUUUAUUUGCAACCCCUUAUUGCGGAGCCGAGUGAUCACAGUUUGAAACAACGCUACGGUUGAAUGCGAAGAUUCGACUUGGAAGUUUGAUUGGAUAUAACUUUAUAACUUCCGCAAACGUUAUCACAAAGUUCCUAGGAAGAUAAUAUUUGGAUAUAAAAAUAAUUGGCAAUUACGUCAAGCGAUAAAGCGAGAUUGCGAAGAGUCUGGAUAAUAAGCUGGCUCGUCAUGAAGCUGUGCCACUUUUUGGAGGGCGAUUCCAGGAAUUAAGACAGUCAGAAACAUUUGAUGGCUCACUUGGUAUGCAUGGUUCCGCUUAUAAGUCAAGAAAUUGCUCAAGCGGCCGUAAAAUCUAAAUCUCUGGUACUCGUCGUCAGGGCUGCGUACCUCUUCCCCUUUCGCGGAUGACGUACACCGCGGCCAGCUAUUUUCGAGAACACUCUGAUCCUCAUCACACAUUCAAUUUAUCAAGGACUCAAGAUGUACUGCCCUGUUUUUUCGAGCUGUACAAAUCGUUUGUUCAUUUAUUUUUUUUAUUGCCAGAAGACAUGCAGAAAUUGGACUUUCCAAUUUGACUGGAUACCGCGGUUUUGUAAUAUUUUUCCAACUUUCGCAAAUCCUUCGAUCGACUAAUCUUUAUUCGAUCGACUUAAGUCACGUUUCAUUCGUGCUAUAUGGGACGCAAUUCCACAGAUUAUGGGUCACGAUUUUAGCAAGCUUCUGAAGAGGUAUGAUUGGCCUAGGGACGUAUCUCGAUGGGAUAUUUCCUUGAAACGCGGCGAGCUUGUAUGCGACCAAUGUGGAUGCCGGCUUUUAAUGGAAAAUCGACUGCGCCCGGGGAAGCCCGCUGGAAGAGAAUCACGAUGAUUCCGUGAAAUAUGGAGGCAGGAGCGAGCAGGUUUUCGACGGAGCCGGUAAAGCUGCGCAGAGUGCUGGGGCUGCGUUAAUGGGUGAUUGAUAAACGACCUUCUCUCAUCAACUGCAUCGGCUGCAUAUUUAUCACCGGACAGACUCAGCAGUCCUCGUGUUAGCGUCAGCCAACUGGAAAGUAUCGCAAGAUAUUGCUCGGAAGCACGUCGAGUCGUUUCUCUUAAAAAGGAAUGAAUAAAUUAAACACCCAUUGGAUUUCGGACAUAUAUAGACUAGACGAUGUAGUUGAAAAUUAAUUCGAGUAAUCUUCUAGAAAUUUUCGCAUAAUUCAAUGCAGCAAUAGGGGCCAUACGAGCGAGUGGAAAGCUUUCUGCAAGGUGUCCCUUUGGUGAAGCAACGUUAGUGUUAACAUUCCCUGUUACGAUUCAGCGUUAACAGCUCACGCGUGUCAGUCACGUGCCGGUCGACCAGCGACCCUCUGCUCGUUUAACUCGGACGAAUUGGGCGUCGCGAAGUUGCCCUUUCUGUCCGAUUUGGAGGAUAACGAGGACAGAUGCCUGCGAAAUUACACUUAGAUGAUUCUCACGAAUCCGAGCCUUCACCUCUCUCGAUAAAACAAUAAGUUUUUCUUUUUUUGGUUCGUUCUUUAAAAAAAGAAAGGAAAAGACAGUGGAGAAAAGGUAGCAAGGAUUGUCGUUGGAGCGCAGUCAGUAGAGAAGCAUAAAGUGGUAUUAGGGAUUGGUAUAUCGCCAUCAGAAGCGCGCAGGGACAGGAUGCCACGAUCGGCAAUAAAUAUGGUUCAUAAGCCAGGAAUGGCUGGCGAAAGAUAUAGAAACGUUCCUAGACGUCCCGCUGCGAGUCGCGUGUCACACAUAACGUCGACGAAACGGCUCUGUCGACUUUACGACCACGAAUUAGGAUUAAACCCGGCUUGGACCGUUCGCCAUCAUCUGCUUCGUUGAUAGUCGAACGAUUCAAUUUAUUCCAGCCUCGAGAAAGUUCUCUUUUUCUCUUACUCGUGUGGAGCAACACCGGGAGAAAUGUUUAUAACGGUGGUUCGUCGUAUAAUAAUUAUUAAUCUGGUUGUAGUAAAUAAUUUCGAAACAGGGAAGCUGGGAAAAACUUAGAUACAGGUCAUUUCGUCUUCCGUGAUCCGCGAAUCUCCGCUGGGGUCGGCCAGUCCAAUCGAAAGGUCAUUACAACUUUUUGCCGACUCAAUCAAGAAGUUAAUGUCCUUUAACCUCUAGGCGUUCCCCGCAGAGUUCGCAGAAUCCCGGGAAUCGUGAGCGUAAGAACUCGACGGCUCUCACAUGCCGGGCAAAAUAGAUCACCAGUUUUAUGAUUGAUCGCCUAUUGGCUUCGCGUGCUAGCCAGCCUUUUUACUUCCUUUUUUUUCGCGAUAGCGGGUAUUAUUGCUCAAGCAUAGAACUCCAGCCUCACUCUGCUUCUUUUACUUGUAUCGUUCCGUUUUACUGUUUUUAUGCUUUAACAUCCCAUGAGAAAAUAUUGCAAAUAUUAACAAGCUUUGCCGAAUAAUUUUAAAUGAAAUUUGGUCACGAUGAAGGUGUUGGUAAAACAGUGGCGUUGAAAAGAUGAUAAAAAAUUAUGAUUAUCGGGUAGAAAUGCUUUCGUAAGAGCCGCAUAUCACCUGGAGGGAUCGUGGUAUUUAUCGAACUGCCGAGAAAUGGGAGGAAUUCGUCAAGAAGAUAAUCCGUAAAAUAAUGAUCUCUGGUGGCUCUGCUGGUACCUUCUGUCCGGUACGGUCAAUUUAAUGCACCUCGUUUCUCUUCGGUAACGAGGUGUUCAUAAGAUGACCAACUAAUAAACCACGAAUAGUCCUGAACUUCAAAAAUAAAGAAUUAAAAUCGAAAUGAUUCUCCAACGUCGUUGAAUCUAUAUGCAACUUUAUAAACGUUAAAGACGAGAAGAAAGAUCGGAGAAAAGAUUUCUCUCGAAUAGAAAAUGCUGGAGGGAAUGCUCGAAAAGUCGGGGCGAAUGAUCAUUGGCGGGAUAAUCGGGCACGGUGGAGGUCCAUCAGCGGAUUCGACGAGUCUGCCGAACGUCCAAUAUCCAGGAGAUCGACCAUAAAAAAAGGAGUCGAGGCUGGCGCGGGCGUUAAAAAUAUUCAAGAUCGUUUGUCAGGCUGAAUUACAGCCCCGCUCGGGCCCGCCAUCACCCCCAUUCCCUUUAGAUCUCGGGCUAACGGGGUAACGGGAUCCUGCGGAACGCGUUGCGCAACGUGGAGAGAGGGCAGAAGAGGAAAGAGUCGACGAGGACGGCUACGACGACGACGACGACGAUCCCGGGCACAUGUGUCGAACCUGAAAUAUGUAGGCGUGGUCUGGAUGGGACUAGCAGACGCGUCCCGACGACCGAAUAUGUUCACCCCGUUCGUACGCUCCACCCCCGUCUAACCCUGGGAACGUUGCCAUUGGCCGGUGCCACCCUCGUUGCGCCUCCACCUGCCACGCCGAGCUACCCUCCGCGGGAUUCUACCCCUAAAUACUGGGGAUGCGCGGCCGGUUCCCUCAUUUUAACGUGGUCCGCCGAUGCACGUUGUACCCUUGUCCUUGUUCUCUGUGUUUCUUCUUCGGUGUUACUGCGAUCGGAUCGCUCAUCUGUGCCGGUGUUAUCACCGACGCUUGUGAUUAACCUCAUGUUUGUUAUCCGAUGGAAGGAAACUGUGUGAACUGAUGUCUUAGACCAAGGAGGAUUGACACCCGAAGGGGGUGUGCAGCGUGGCUGAUACACGGUGAUUGCCGGAAGAGGAAUUCUCUGUUGGACGCGUGGUCCGGUCGAUCAUCCGGAGCGAGCAGGAUGACAAUGGAAGAUCGUACGAGUGGCAUCGACCGUGCCGCCCCCGCGACGUCUACGACGGCCACGUCGGGGUUGACGUCGUCCAGUCCUCCGUCUAUCAGCGACGUCACCUCCGACGCUUCGUAUCCUCUUCAGCGUGCUAGCAAGCGUUCCUUCGACGUGGCGUUCCUCGUCGCGCCUGACGAGAACCUUGCUCGUCGGCAGAGCGAGAAAAUGAGGAUGGUGUCGAGCAGGAAGGAUCGUAUUCGCGAAGAAAUAUCAACGGAAAACAUCUUGGACUCGGACAGACUGCCGCAGAAUCUCACGAUCAAGAACUACGACAACGACACCGGUGGUUCUGAUAGGAGGAGGAUGAUGCAGUGCACGGAGAACUCUUUAAGUCCUCCGUAUAUAUCUCCGAGAACGCUGACUCCGACGUUACCAGGUUUGUCACCUGAUACCGACACUCGGAGGUACGUCUCUGGCACCCGUCUACAGAAAUCACCUAGUCCACCUGCGUUUGCUACUCAUCAGUCGAUGUUAACCACUUGCCCGGAUGCGGUGGAGCCAAACCUGACUUGCAAUAAAGUUUACGAUACAGUUAUACCCUGUCCGACCGACAGACAUGGAGAAUCUCGAAGCGCGUUUACGAAGGUGAAUCUGACAGCACAAAGGAACGGUUUCAACGACGAUGGACAGACUUCGCCAAGAUCCUCCAUAUCGCCAGACGAUCGUACCGGAUACCAGAGCAGCGUCAGUCCACCAGUGGUACCACUGACAGCUACUACCGGAUACAAGUACGCGCCGUUUCCCACGAAAAUGUCUUAUCCUUUUCUAGUCAGUCCCGAGAGCAGUCAACCUGGUCUACUGGAGAAUUUGAAGAUACCCCAGAUUGCCCAACCACCCAAAGUACCCAGUCCAAAGAUACCCAGCUUCCGACCGGAUCUACCACCAGUUUAUCCGAAUUUGUCAUACAAUCCGAUCUCCGUAUUUCCACCGAUGGCGGAUGCGUUGACUAGACCGAGAUUUCUGGCGACGGCCGCUGGGGUGGCUGGUCUUCUGCCCUCGUCGUUCGCCGCGUUGACUCUGCCCGCGCAAAAUGUUUGCGCCAAGUGCAAUCUAUCAUUUCGGAUGACCUCCGACCUGGUGUACCACAUGAGAUCACAUCAUAAGAACGAAAACUCCGGUGAAGCUGCCAGAAGGCGAAGGGAGGAGAAACUAAGGUGCCCUGUCUGCGACGAGAGCUUUAGGGAAAGGCACCAUCUGACUAGGCACAUGACCGCGCAUCAGGAUAAGGAGAGCGACGCGAUCGUGGAUCAGGUCGAAGUGAAGAGACGAGCCACCACUGUUCACAGCAAGUGACGACGGAAAUCGUCGACAGAAGACACGAUAUUGACCAGUGGCUAUUCGUUUGAAAAUUAAGAUUGUUUCUUUUACGAAGGGGAGGAUAUGGAGUUUAAAUUUUAAGGACUUUGAGAACUUGGAAGGAGAAGUGAGAGAAUUUGUUUUAGGGGUGUUAUUUUUUAUUGUUAUUUUAUUAUAAGACUCGAUUAAUCUGUUUUUAAUUUGAUCAUUCAUCUAUGAGAAUUGAAAUUCGAUCGGACGAAGAUAAAUGCUCUUCCAGUUUUUUAAGAUAUCAUCUCCUAACAUACGUAGCUCGAUACACAGGAUCACUUAUUCUACCACAAACUCCUCGUUAACCAAAUAUUCACGAGAUUUUUGCACUUGUCCAUUUUAACUGAAGUAUUUCACAAGAUUAAUCGAUUACGACAUUUUACAUGGUAUACGUGUAUGAUAACGAACUAAUCGCUAGAAGCUUUACCGAUUAACUUAAGAGAUCUUACCUUUGCGAGAUAAGGUGAUAUUCCCUCUUUAGUCAAUAUUAGGUAGGAGAAAUUUGUAAAUAUCGCGAUUAAUGGUCGAUUGAUCGGACUUUAUCCUAGUUCUAAGGGUAUAAUAGAUCGCUCGAGUAUUGCUUGAAUCCCAAUUAUUUUCUUUUACGCCAUCACAAUUUUCGCGAUUUAAAAUAUUGUCAAUAUUUUUUUCCAGCUGGAAAAACUGAACGUUUUGAUUCACGUUGGCUGGUAGGCAGGUGUGUCGAGGGGGUUAGAGCACAGGUGGGGCAGAGAGCGUGCUCUGGCGGGGACAGAACGCGACGUAAGCCGCGUUCAUUUGUGUGUCGGGGGUGGCGCGGCAAUAAAUAGAUCGUAAACCGUACCCCGGCUAACACACAAACCGGCGGAGCGCGCAUAAUGGUAGGAAACAAUGAAUGCCGUAAUCGGAAACAGUGCCGGUUUGUUAUCUGCCAUUUACACUCCAUUUAACUUCAAACAGUGAAUCGGCUGGCGCGCAUUCGCGUUUUAAAUACACGCGACCUCCGUAGCUAUCCCCGGCUCCACCCCCGCCGCGCCUCCCCCGCCCCUAUGAUCCCCUCCUGCUCGACGUACGGCUUAACAUAGGGUUAACCUGCCGCUCGGAGUGGCUUAAUAUUGCCCGGAAUUGCUUGACUUAUCGCCACUUCCAUUCCUGGCUUAAUGUUUGCUUAUUUCGUCGCUCUGCUGAAUCGUGAUUCGCUCACCUGUGUAUUUCUGUUAUGUUUCCCCCUUUGGUUCUUCCUAUCGAGCACAUUGAUAAUUAAGAAUUUAUCAAAAGCAUCGGAACAGAGGUGAAAUAAAAUAAGGAAACAGAUGGGAUUCGAGCCAAUACAAACGAAUAAAUCUUUUUAAGGAUAAGAAUGAUAAAAAGCUACAGUAUUCUGUACAGCAAUAAUUGCCGUAGUGUGUAUAUAUAUUCGAUCUAGAAGAUUUUUUUUCAAUUUUAAUGAAAAAAAAAAAAAAAUUGAGGGUGUUCUUUCCUCGAUCGCUAAAGGAGACGUUAAUACCGUAAAGGCGACUCAUGGAACAGUCUCCGUGGAAGUUCGACGUUAUCAAAUAACGAUUCUAUAUCGGAUCCACGGAUUUCUUAGAAUAUUGCGGCCCAUACGACGUUGUUCUAGAUAUAUGUGUACGAUGUAAGUCCGAUGUAAAUGACUCUUCAUACAGGUGUAAAAUUAUCAUCGACGUUCUGUUUUGUUUGAUAAGAAUUAUUUAUCACGACGUGUCACGUUGUAUCGGUUCAAUGUAAAUAUCACUCUGUACAUAAGCACUGUAUGUAUUCGGAAUCGUUGUUAAUGAAUAAAAAGAAUA